AUGUUGGUAUGUUUGGAGUGUUUGGUGUGUUUGGUGUGUUGUUGUGGACCAGAACACAGAGCCACAGAGAUAACGGAGCUUGUGAGCGUGUCCACAGAGGAGAUGGGACAGGAGGAGCCUCCUCUCUCUGAGCUCUUCCCAGGGGGGAGGCCUCAUGGGGGGGUCACCUUUGCUGCCAUCCUCCCACACCAUCCAUCUCCCAUCUCAGCUCGCAGCUAUAUCCUCUUCCACACUGCUUCUCUCUCAGCUCCGCCGCCUGAGGGCCCCACAUCAUGCUUCAUCCAGCGCACCUGCCCCGGGCCCCUGCCAUGCUCCCCUCGAUGUGCGAGUCUGACACCCACUUGUCCUACUUUUGUGUAG